AUGUUUCGUUGUUUGGGAAGCCGACGGUCGUUGUGGUGGAAAAGGAAGAAACGUCGCCUCAGCCGGGAUAACGACGGCCGCGGGCAUUCAUAUUCUUCUUGCUCUCCCUUCGAUUUGAGAGAAAGAUCCUUUUCUCUGAAGAAAAUUUCAAAAGAUUUAUUCGAAUUUUACGAUCAUUCACGAUUUGUCGCAGGCCUUGGUGAAUUGAAAGUUAUUCGCCCGUCUCAUGGAUCAAGAUCCGUCGUCGUCCGCUCCACGAAAUGUCUUUCCACAUCUGCUUACAAUUUCAGCCGCUCAACGUCAAGUUUGCUCCAAAAGCACCCGCUCCUAAAACACCGAAGUCCCCAGCUGCCAAGAUGUGCCCUCCACUGCUCCACAUUUCCCUGGUUUAAGGGAAUCGCCGUCCUAAUGAGGCGUUGUUGCCAGUUGAAAUCACUGGAGGCCCGACAAUUGAUAGAAAGGUGUGCCACAUCUUCGACAAUUGUUCUAUCGUAUGGGAUUGUCUGCAGGAUCGAUGUAAUUGAGCUCGACCCCACUACGCGGAAGAGGAGCAUUAGAAAACGCUUGGUGGCAGUGGCCACAACCUGGUAA